AGAGGGCUUAUGCAUGAGUCGGACGACCCGCUCACGCGUGCGCUGGCGCCGCCGCCCGGGGAGACUCCUGAGGAGAGGGAACACAGACUGAACGUCGAGGCCGAGGCGCGGCGGAUAAGCGACCAGAUUGACGAGGCGUUGAAUAAGGAAAAGGCUGCGCUUAAGAAGAGGAAGGUCAUGAAGAUGCUGCUGCUAGGGCAAAGCGAAAGCGGCAAGUCCACCACGCUGAAAACCAUGCAGAUGGCCUACACACCGAAAGCGUGGGCACAGGAGCGGGCGUCCUGGAAGGCCGUUAUUCAACUGAACCUUAUCCGGAGCAUCAACACCAUCGUCGACGCCCUCGCCGAGGAGCUGUCCGCCCCGCAAUCCCCGGCGACGCGGCAUUCCUUGCACUCGUCCGACGAGGGACACUCACCGCCUACAGACCAACUUCUCAUCCCGCAGGACCGGCGUGGCCCGCUCAUGAUGCUGCGCAUGCGGCUGACACCGCUGCGACAGGUCGAGACAGACCUGAAGAUGCGCCUCGGCGCCGGUGCCGACGAGAUCGUGGACGCGUCCUUGAUGUCGGGUGUGGAAGCCAUGAUGGCGACCCCGUUCGACGACUCGACCUACCCGACGCCCUCGCGACGCUUCACCCCGAAGGAGGCCGUCGUGAGGUCCCACCGGGCGUGGAAGGAGCGCGAGAAGGCGAGGAAGGAGAAAGACCGUGCCCUGACCAUGCGGCCGAACUCGCCGUCAGACCCCCGCGACACCGCGACGGACGUCCUGGUGGGCUGCGCGGACGACAUGUCCGCGCUGUGGCUCGACCCCGUCGUGCGGGACAUUGUCCGCCGGCGGCGAGUGAUGAGCCAGCUGGGAGACUCGGCUGAGUACUUCCUGACCUGCAUUUCCCGUAUCGCGACACGUGACUACAAACCGUCCGAUAACGACGUCCUCCGCGCCAGGAUAAGGACCCUCGGUGUCCAAGAAUACAACCUCACCUUUGAGGUUUAUGACUCUCUAGACGACACUCGCGGUCUCGCUCGGGAGUGGGCCAUCUACGACGUCGGAGGCUCGAGAACUUCACGCGCCGCGUGGCUCCCUUACUUCUCGGACAUCAAUUGUAUCCUGUUCCUCGCCCCGAUAUCUGCCUUCGAUGAACGGCUCGCGGAGGACAAGCGGAUCAAUCGCCUCGAGGACUCUUUCAUACUCUGGCUGAGCAUAUGCAAGUCUGAGCUUCUCAAGGGAGCCAUCUUUAUCUUAUUUAUGAACAAGUGUGACCUGCUCGAAAGCAAGAUCAACGCAGGUAUUCAAGUCAGCCGCUACAUGACUAGCUACGGCAGCCGGCCAAACGACUUUGCCAGCUUCUCAAGCUAUCUAAAAACUAAAUUCAAGGACGUUCAGAGCGCAAACUCGCCCGAGAAGAGAGCGUUUUAUGGGUACAUGACCUCUGUUGUCGACUACGAGGCAACUGCAAAAACACUCGCUUCAGUACGCGACGGCAUCAUACAGUUGCACCUGAGAGACGCCGCCUUUGUCGGCUGACCCUCUUCAAAAAUAUCUAUUCCCUUUAGAUGUUCCUUGGUGCCUGCUUUCUUGUCUCGCCUAGCUCCGCGGCCACUUCGUGCGCUACACUUGGUUGUGCCCAUGCUAUCAUUAUCGUAUCUCUCAUAUUUCACUCAUAUCCAAUCUAUAUUCCACCUAUAUCUAUUAUUAUAUUCCG